AUGGGUCCAACGAGGAAUCAACAUAGUAAUCCUAGACAAUCUGUGAUUUACGACAUGAACAAUCCUAUUAAUUGGACGGUAACUAAAAUCCGAGAAGAAUUGAUGAAGCGAGGCAUAACGGCCCCUACCACAAGCAGGAAAUCGGAAUUGUUACGACUUUACCGUACAAGCAAUGAUAGUACAGGGAGGCUAACGGAACAGCCAAUCACAGAACGGCGCGAAAUCGAACCGGAGAGCAGAAAUGUAAACAACAAAGAUGGCGGUGAUGUAGCAAUUAUUCUACAAGAACUGGCUAAAUUACGAAAUGAAAUAAAUGACAAUAAAUGUGCCCAGAUACAACAGGUUACGAAAGCAAUGAACGUUAGUACAUCGUCAGUUACUCCGAGUUCUACUGCAGCAGCUACUAGUAAUACUUUGUCUACAGCCUAUGGCACAUUCAACGGCACUACGACUUCGCCGUAUAUCAGCAACAGCCACAACCACGUGAGAACUAAGUAUGGCUUCAGCCUUGAAUCCCUUCCUUAUAUAGAGACAGUCCAACCUAAACUUCGACAAUCCAUAGUGGAAGAUGACAAAGUUUCGGCAACUAGCACCAGAGGCUUAUGUGAAACCAACACCUUGUGUUCAGCCGCACCAGCUUAUGAUGGACUGAAAGAAGAUGUCGAACAUCUAUGGGACGCAGCCAUAAGUCCACAAACACUACCUGCCGGGCUUCCCCCAGGUACCUGUCGACUCUGCUGGGCUCCCCCAGACUACCUGCCGGGCUUCCCCCAGGUACCUGUCGACUCUGCUGGGCUCCCCCAGAGUGGAAGUGAGUGUAGAAAUGUAGUUAGUAGUACCAUGAUAAGGCGGGCAUUCGAGGUUGGAUUGGGAUUUGCACUGACCAAGACAUUUUCUCUGGACAAGGAUAUUGUGACAAAUGUUUCCUCAAGAAUAGUGAGGGGGACAACCUCAGGUCAUAUCUACGGACCAGGACAGGGUGCCUACCUCAACAUAGAACUGAUCAGUGAGAAGACAGAAGCCUGCUGGUGUCAGAGCAUCACAGAACUCAAACGGGACUUCCCUCAACAUGUAAGCAGUAUUAGUAUCAUGUGUAGUUAUAACAAAGAGGACGGGACUGAGCUAGCCAAGAUGGCCGAAAAAGCUGGUUCUGAUGCACUGGAGUUAAAUCUCUCUUGCCCCCAUGGUAUGGGAGAACGAGGAAUGGGACUGGACUGUGGACAGGAUCCUGAGUUGGUUAGAAACAUCUGCCGCUGGGUGAGAGAGGCGGUUCAAAUCCCAUUCUUUGCCAAACUGAUCCCUAAUGUGACCAGUGUUGUCUCCAUUGCCAAAGCGGCCAAAGAAGGUAAUGCUGACGGGGUGACUGCUACAAACACUGUGUCAGGUCUGAUGGGCCUCAAAAGUAAUGGUUCUGCUUGGCCCAAUGUUGGUAAGGAACAUCGCACAACCUAUGGGGGCGUGUCUGGUAAUGCCAUCAGACCUAUCACUCUCAGGGCUGUAACAGCCAUUGCCAGGGAGCUCCCAGGGUUCCCUAUUCUGGCCACCGGGGGAAUCGAUUCAGCAGAGGCAGGGUUACAGUUCUUACAAGGAGGAGCCACUGUUUUACAGGUGUGCAGUGCCAUUCACAACCAGGAGUACACCAUUAUUGAGGACUACAUCAUAGGAUUAAAGACCCUCCUCUACCUCAGGAGUAUUGAGGAACUUCACAACUGGGAUGGACAGAGUCCCCCUACUGAACCCCAUCAACUGGGAAAACCUGUACUGAAGGUCAAAAAUAUUAUUGGAGAGAGUCUCCCAUCCUUUGGACCAUAUUUGGCUAAGAGAGAGGCACUGAAAGACGAGAUUUGCCAGAAGAAAGAUCUGCUGAGCGAAGAGAAUAUGCCAGAACUCCAGAGACCUCCUAAUGCUCCAAAGAAACCUAUACCCAGUGUUAAUGACGUGAUUGGUCUGGCUUUGUCCAGGAUUGGAACUUAUGGAGACCUGAAAAACAAAGAACAAUAAGUGGUGGCCUUAAUUGAUGAGGAGAUGUGCAUUAACUGUGGAAAGUGUUAUAUGACUUGUAAUGACUCUGGAUACCAGGCCAUCAAGUUUGAUCCUAAGACCCAUCUUCCCACAGUCACGGAUGAUUGCACAGCCUGCACUUUGUGUCUGUCUGUGUGUCCAAUUAUUGACUGCAUCACCAUGGUACCCAGGACAACCUCUUACAUACCAAAGCGAGGCAUACCCCUGAACACAGGGAAAAACCUAAUGCCAGGGGUCACCUUGGAGACAAAUUGAACAAACCUAUUCAAAGGGAAAUUUGAUGAGUUUGGCUCACAUUUAUAUAAGAUGUGCUAGAUGAUAAAGAAUUUAAAUUUGUGGUUAAGUCUAGUCGAUAAUUGACUUUGUA